CAAGGAAAGGAAGAGUCGGAGACAGGAGUAAUUCAGGCAAGAAAAUGGAAAUUAGAACGUAAGAAAAGGGUUUCUAUCAAGUAGUUUGGUGAUCCCCUGGUCAGGCCAUCUCCAUUCUCCAAAACGGAAACGUAAUUAGGAAUCGCUUACCAGUUUCCAACUCCAAACCCCUCCAACCCAUAGAGUUCCAAGAGCUUCAAAACCUGUUUGGUAAGGAAGCCAACAGAAAGGAACUGUUGGCAGGUCCUUCUUUACCCCUCCCCCUCCACCCUCACUUCAAAAGCAUCACCUUUCUUGCAUAUUUGCCAAUAAACCACGAAACUAUUGGGCAGAUGCUUCUGAAGUUAUAGCUUUGUCUCUCUUCUUUCUUCUUCUGGCUUUGUUAUCUGCCCAUUUCCAUGUCUGGCGUGUAUUCGGGUCUUGUUGUUCUGAGCCUACUUUCUGUUAGCUCCAUCGUGACUUCAGAUUCUUCACUGGGGUCACGUCGUUCGAUCCUUAGAGCGGUCAAAAACAAUGAUAAUAAUGGAGAUCUCCGAGAUUAUGCCGUUGACUUGAAUGCAACAAAUUUUGAUGCUGUUCUGAAGGAUACUCCUGCUACCUUUGCUGUUGUCGAAUUCUUUGCCCAUUGGUGCCCUGCUUGCAGGAAUUAUAAGCACCAAUAUGAAAAGGUUGCGAGGCUUUUUAAUGGACCUGAUGCAGUGCAUCCGGGAAUCAUAUUAAUGACUAGGGUAGAUUGUGCCUUGACGAUAAAUACGAAUCUCUGUGAUAAGUUUUCUGUUGGUCAUUAUCCUAUGCUCUUUUGGGGCCCUCCUUCUAAAUUCGUUGGUGGUAGUUGGGAACCUAAUCAGGAUAAAAGUGAUGUACAUACAAUCGAUGAUGGCCGCACAGCUGAUCGGUUGCUACGUUGGAUCAACAAGCGAAUGGGCAGCUCAUUUAACCUUGAUGAUCGGAAGUUUGAAAAUGAGCAGCAUCUUUCCUCCAAUGUGUCAGACCCUGGACAGAUCGCACGGGCUAUUUAUGAUGUUGAAGAGGCAACUUCUACAGCCUUUGACAUCAUCUUAGAGCAUAAGAUGAUAAAGAAAGAGACUCGUGCUUCACUUUUAAAGUUUCUUCAGCUUCUGGUGGCUCAUCAUCCUUCAAAAAGAUGUCGGAGGGGUACUGCAGAAUUACUUGUGAAUUUUGAUGAGCUGUACCCUGCAGACUUGUGGCCAGCUGAUAAGGAGGAAGAUGAUACGGUUACAUCAAGGAGCUCUCACAUUUGUGGAAAGGGGGUGCCUCGUGGGUAUUGGAUGUUCUGCCGCGGCAGUAAGAAUGAAACCAGGGGGUUUAGCUGUGGUUUAUGGGUUCUUCUGCAUUCACUUUCAGUGAGAAUUGAUGAUGGAGAGAGUGAGUUUGCAUUUAACACUACAUGUGAAUUUGUUCACAACUACUUCAUCUGUGAGGAAUGUCGGCAACAUUUUUACAAGAUGUGUUCAAGUGUCAAAAGUCCUUUCAACAAAGCCAGAGAAUUCGCACUCUGGUUGUGGAGUGCCCAUAACGAGGUCAAUGAGAGGCUGAUGAAAGAAGAAGCCGCUUUGGGUACGGGGGACCCCAAAUUCCCUAAGUUGAUAUGGCCUCCAAAGCAGCUUUGUUCAUCCUGUUACUCAGUCCAUGACACACAGAACAACCAAAUUGCAUGGAACAGGGAUGAGGUUUACGAGUUUUUGAGUAGUUAUUACGGGAACACGCUGGCUUCUCUAUACAAGGACAAGAACAUUGGCGAAAAUGAAGGGAUUGAGGUAGCUGUUGAAGAAUUAAUAGCAUCAACAAAUGCAGUAGUUGUGCCUAUAGGAGCUGCAUUGGCAAUUGCUGUUGCUAGCUGUGGUUUUGGAGCACUUGCUUGCUACUGGCGUUCACUGCAGAAAAGCCGGAAGCCGAGGAGAACUUGGAAGUAGAACUGAUGGGCGAAUAUGAAUACCAGCUUUCUGUAGAAAUGCAGUUUGAAGUUCAAGAACGAGUUUGGUCAAGGCCCUUCAUGAUACUUUGAUAGCCUCUUUGAAUUGUACAGAAUACAGUUCUUGCUCUUUAGAGCAAUUUGAAUUACUGUGCAAAACUAAUAAUAUUCACCAAAUGUGCAGUUCCUGCAAUUACUCACGAAUGUAACAUUUUUGCUGUGUAAAUCUAUAGGCAAUGCAAUGGAUAGCAUUUGUAGAACACGACUAUUUUUACUUUGUACGGUUCAUCACAUACCAGACAUUUGUAACAUGUUUUUCACUUAGGUUUCAACCAUUAACAGUUUGGUUGACUUUUUCUCAUGGGUAUUUGCCAUCAUAACUCCUUUUG